AUGGGACAUUCUCUGAGAGAUCACUCGUCCUUUGUCCGCCCGGCUACCAGGGAUCGCCCGGCGACUCGCGGCGAGGGGGAAAAUUCGCUGGUCGUCCCCAGUCGCACGUCGUCGUUGCACUCUCGCAUCACCCAACCCAUUCCUUCAACUCUCAACAUCAAACCCGCUCAGCGGACCCCAAAAACUCUCACCCAUGCCUACAUGGUAUGCGGUGUUGGCCGUGAACCCUCCCAAUGGGUCAAGGCUCCUGCCCCGGCCCAGGGUAAGAUUGGCCACAUGAAGGGCGCUGUCGGUCAAUUCUGGCUGCCAGAGAUUCUGGGCAGCAGCCCCCGAUUGGAGCAGGAUAACGAGAUUGCUCGAGCCCUGCACUCGGCGAUGAGGGCAUGUUUCCCCCACGAUGUCGAGAUAUGCACAGGCAAGAGCCAGCCUCACUGUGCCCACCACGCUUUCGUCCUCCAGCAGGACUCUUCUCACACUCUGUACGGUAUCGCGCUGCGCGUCUGGUCCCGUGCCGAUGAGAAGCGCGCCGAGACAAUUCGCGAACUUCGCAAGAAGACGGAGCCGGACUUCUACGACAACCCCGAUGAGACCUACUGGAUUCCCUACUGCUUGAGUUUCCUUUCUCGCUACCCCCUGUACGACCUGUUAGGUGAUUACCUCCGUGGUAUGUGGAUUCACUGGAACAAGGCCACCAACCUCUUCCACGCCGAGGAGGUUUCUCGCAUUCUGAGCUUCCCGGCUCCCCGUCUGAAUGAUCUGGUCCGUAUCGACAUGAAGGAUUACGCUCUCUGCUACCAAUUCCCCUCAUCCCCGACCGGCUUCCAGAACUUCGCCAUGUGGCCCCUUUUCAACUGCCUGUCAAUUCCCAACAUUGUCGGUGUAAUUGAGGCCGCCGUGUCGCCUACUCGCCGUGUCAUCUUCGUCUCUCACUACGCGGCCAUGUUGACUGCCGCCGCCGAGACCAUUCGCUACUGCGUUCGCGUCUAUGAGUGGAGCGGUCUGUACGUUCCCGUGGUGCACGCCCGCCACGUGAAGGAGCUCGUCCAGGAGCCCGGUCCUUACAUUCUGGGUAUCACUGCCGAGUGCCGCACUCUUUUCAACGCACCCUCUGAUGCUCUCGUCGUCGAUCUCGACCGUAACUUCGUUCUGACUUCCAGCCCGCCCAAUGUUCUCAACCAGGGCCAGCGCACCAAGUUCAUUAACCGACUGACACAGGCCCUGAACGGAGAUGUUUCCCCGUCGGGUGUCCCCACUCACCUGCGUUCGGCUUACGCUGGCGGCAAGCUGAUCCCUGCUGGUCAAAUCAUCGUCAUGCGCGGUGAGGUUGAAAGUGUCCAGGAGCCCAACUGGUGGAACCAGGAUGCCGUUAUGAGUGUUAUGGACCAUGUUUGCGAGAAGCUGGGCCGUAACACCGGCAUGAAGGCCAUCUUCGGCGGAUCCGUCAAGAAGCCUCUCAUGACCAAGGUCUCGAUGCGCCACCUCAACGAGAUUGUCCGUGAGCGCAACCAGUACUCUCGUGACGCGAUGGAGGCCUGGCAGGACUUCAUCAACCUCAAGGGCAGAAUGGACACUGAGCUCAGCAAGGUUACCAAGCGCAACAACUUCCUGGUCGAGGAACUCGAGACCUGGAAGCAGCAGUUUCUCAAGUUCCAGGCCUUCGCCGAGCAGCUCACCAAGGAGACUUCCGAGCUUAAGGUUAAGAUCGAGAACCACAAGCGCGAGAACCGCCGUCUCACUGGUCUCAUUGAUCAGCAGAAGGAUGAUGUCGCUCGUCUCACUCUCCGUCUGUCUGGCACUGAGAAGCAGCGUGACGAUGCCCUCGAGGCACUCGUCCUCCAGCAAGAGAUUGCUGAGGAGCUCGAGCGUGAGCGCAAGCGCAACCAAAAGGAGAUCUCUGCUCUCACCCACACUAACUCCACCCUCUCCCGCGAGCGUGAAGACGCCCAGCGUGUGGUCCUGCACCUGCGCAGCCUCAUCAACGGCAAGAGCCACCACAUGGAGCACAUUGUUCGCUCCAUUGGUAGCAGCUCCGAGAUUACUGAGAUGGUCGAGCAGGGUUACGAAGACGCUCCUGAGGAGCGCACCGAAGAGCGUGCUAGUGCAGAGUCUGUGAAGGAGUCAAACAAGGAGAACAAGGUCUCAAAUAAAGCAUCGGUAAAUCAAAUGAACCCCGAGCUCGAGCAGCACUUGCUGAACCUCGGCAAGGACCACAAAACCCUUGCUCGUCUGAGCGUCACCGACGUUGCAGACCGUUACCUGCGUGAUAAGACGGACGCUAUUGCGGACAUUAUCCGUAGCAUUAGUGAACAGUGCGCCGCCGCCGUCGAGGGCCUCCACCUGGCCCAGGAUGCCGAAGAUGAGGAGUCUGCCGAGGCUUCCUCGUCCAAGAUCCACCAGAACGGUUCCCCCCGUCUGGGCUCAGAGUAUGAGGACGGCCGGACCACCCGCGCCACCAGCGAAGUGAGCGACAUUGACAACUCGCUUCACCCGGACAACCGCCACUCCAGCAUCCCUCCCACCCCCGACCUGGUUCACAACCGCUCCAGCACUUCCAUGUCCAUGGUCAGCAGCUCGACUUUCCCCGAGCGAUCCAGCCAACAAUAUGGACCGGGUGAGAUCCCCACUCGCAUCGUGGAGGAUGACGAUGAGCACGCCCAUGAGACCGAGAGCAUGGACGACCAGCAAACCGAGACCGGCACUCUGUCCAAGCAGGCUAGUGAAGAUCUCAUGCGGCCCCAGACUGCCCGUGUGAUCUCCUAG